AUGGAUAAACCUACGGGAGUGGCAUCUUCUCAAAUGGACAAACCCCGCUUGGGGGGCAAGAUGAACCUACCUGCAGGCGGUGCUACUACUGCGCCUGUCAGAGAUGUCUCCAACAAGAAAAAGCGUGCUCUAGAAGAGGACAGCGACAGCGAAAACAUUGAUGAUGGUAAGCGAACUUGCAUCCAUCUAAUCGAUGAAGCGAUGAAGGACUUGGAGUUAGGUUUCGAGAAGGAUUCAGAAGACGACUACGAAUCUGAUAGCAAGACAGAAUCAGACAGUGACGGGGGCAGCUCUAAUGACGAAGAUAGAGGUAACUCCAGCACUGAAGAGACAACUGUCAUUGAUGAAGACAGCUCUAAUGACGAAGAUGGAGGUGACUCCAGCACUGAAGAGACAACUGUCAGUGAUGAAGACAGCUCUAAUGACGAAGGGUCAGAUCUCGGUGGUCGAGAUGUUACAAUGGACGAAAUCAUGGAUUUCAAUAGUGAGGAGAGCACAAGCGACGAGACAAUGGAUACCAGUGAUGAGGACAGCUCACGCGACGAAGCAUCGGAUUGGAGUGUUGGAAGUGGCUCAAGCGAUGAGGAGGAAUAUAUGGAUGUCAGUGAUGCAGAGAGUUGGAGUUCCGAACAUUGGAAUGAUAGUGAUCAAAGCGAUGAUGAGGACUAUACAUUUGAACGACCGGAAGCUUGGAAAUGGAGCAAAGACAACAACAUCAACAACAAUAAGGAUGGUGACGAGGAGGACGGUGAUAGGCUAAUGAUUCAGCUUACAUAUCCCAAUCAUACCCACAAGAUCUGCGAUGACACAUCUUCAGAGGAUGAGGACGGAGAUGCACUUAUCCAAGAAGAGGUAGAUGACGCAUCUUCAGAGGAUGAGGUCGAGACUGAAGACGAGAACAAGUCGGGCUGCGCUGAUGGUGACUCCUCUACCGCAUUCCCCGCAUGUGAGUUUCUCGACAAACACGCCGACAAACCAGGCUACAUCUAUGAUAUGACAUCACAUGGGAAGAACAUCCUCAUCCUAAUCACGACAUCUAGUCCCCCAACUCUCAUCCGUGCCUCCACAAGGGAUCUGAUCAUGGGAUCCAGUGUCUUUGCUAAAGUAUUUGGCUACAAUGAAGAGAUUCGAGUGUCUGGGAAGAUAUUCUCAAGCUGGCGGAAGAUCCAAAAAGUCACAGGGUGUCACCGAGCCGAAUUCAUUUGA